AUGUUAAAUCUAAACGUUAAAUACUGCCCAAAAGACAUGGAUCGAGACAAUUGUAUCGAGCAGCUUAUAACUACAUUUAAUGAACUCAACAGCAACAUAAUAGACGAACUCGAAGAGGAGCCAAGCCCAUUAGAGUUUAUGCGCUAUGUUGCGCGCAAUGUCCCGUUUGUUGUUCGUGGCGCAUGUUCGUCUUGGAAAGCUGUCCAAAAUUGGAGCCCCGAAUAUCUAAAGACGGCUAUGCAGGAUCAAAAUGUUAACGUUGCCGUAACACCAUAUGGAAACGCCGAUUCUCCAACUCUCAUGCCAGAAAUUGGGGAUCUAGUGUUGGCAAAGCCCCAUGAAGAGCAACAGUCAUUCUCAGAAUUCAUAGACUAUGUUAUGAGCCAAGAAAGGGAUGCGGAUGAUCCAAAGUAUAGCGAGGUCCGCUAUGCACAAACUCAAAAUGAUAAUUUCAGAGACGAAUAUGCUUCGCUACUCCCGGAUGCACAAAACGAUAUUCCAUUUGCUAGGAUUGCACUUGAAAAGAAGCCAGAGGCUAUCAACAUGUGGAUUGGCAACUCCAAAUCAGUUACGGCGACACAUAAGGACAAUUUUGAAAACAUAUUUGUCCAAGUUCGGGGGAAAAAGCACUUUACAUUACUCCCACCACUUUGUUUGCCCUGUAUGAAUGAGCGGAAUAUACCAGGGGCGACAUAUACACGACUUGGCGACGACUUGGUACUAACCCUAGACAACCCUCGUGCAGAUGUUCCCUUUGUGACCUGGGAUUUUGGUUCGAAAGAACACUCUACCAGGUUCUCGGACCUGGCGCAGCCUAUGCGCGUAACUUUAGAGGCUGGUGAUUUGCUCUAUCUUCCUGCCAUGUGGUAUCAUAAAGUAACGCUCUCAACUGCUAAUGAUCACCCAGAUGGACUUGUCGUAUCGCUAAACUACUGGUUCGACAUGGAGUUUUCGGGGACGCUCUAUCCAUUAACAUCAUUUCUUCGCCAAACUUGUCUAGAUACAGUAUAA